AGCGCCAUCGGUUGUAGGUGGAGUUACUAUCAGUCGCGUCUACACCCAUUGCGAGUUGAGUGUCUCUGGACGGGUUCUAUUCAAAUCUCGGCAAAAUGUUGGGAAAAGUGACUCUUUUUUGUGUGAUCUAUGUAAUUUGUGCCGUCGAUAACACCGUGCUGGGUCAUCCAGACAACAGCGGCCUCGGCGGUACUGUCUCGCACUUCGAAUCGCAAGUGGCGAUGCUUUGUGAUGCUGGUGCUCACGGGGAGCAAGAAGCUUACCAUCCCAAGUUCAUGAACGAACAAGGUCAAUGGAUUUCCGACCUCAGCUCUAAGGUUUCCUGCUCCAAGGAUAAGAUGGACAUUUUAUCCUAUUGUAAAAAGAUAUAUCCGAAAAGGGAUAUAACAAAUAUCGUCGAGAGCAGCCAUUAUCUGAAAAUUGCAUCAUGGUGCAAAGUUGGAUCUCCAGCUGCCCAAGGCAAUGGAAAAUGCAAAACUGCGCGAUGGGUCAAACCAUUCAGAUGUUUAGAGGGACCAUUUCAAUCAGACGCUCUUCUCGUACCAGAAAACUGCCUCUUCGACCACAUCCACAACCAGAGCAACUGCUGGACGUUUGGCAGGUGGAACGCCACUGCUGGAAGUGCUUGUCAAGAAAGGGGUCUUCAGCUGAGAUCCUUCGCCAUGUUACUUCCUUGUGGCAUUUCGCUAUUCAGCGGUGUUGAAUUUGUCUGUUGUCCGAAACACUUUGUUGAUAACAUGAAGAGUAAAGACACAGUAAACCUCUCGAUCCUCAAAAAGGAAUCAGAUAUCCUAGACAUCAACACUGAUGAAGAUGACGAUUCCGACGAGAUAGAUGAAGAAGAUAAAGAUGAUAUAAAUGACUUGGCGGAUGAUACAGACUUAUCAGAAGCCACGAACGUGCAAGAUGAUGAGGAAGACGACGAAGAUGAACUCGACGAGUACGAUGACGGUGACUGGGAUACCUUGUCAAGCACAACGGCCAAAUCGAAAUCUACAACAUCUACCAGCACUUCCACCACGACCACUACCACUCCUGUGUCUGCGCCUGACCCGUACUUCACACACUUCGAUCCUAGAAAUGAGCAUCAGAGCUACAAGGAAGCCCAGAAGCGACUUGAAGAAACCCAUCGUGAAAAGGUCACCAAGGUGAUGAAGGACUGGUCAGACUUGGAGGAACGCUACCAAGAGAUGCGCCAAGGUGAUCCUCGAGGAGCCGAAGACUUCAAGCAGCGAAUGACAAGGAGGUUCCAGCAAACUGUUCAAGCGCUGGAGGAAGAAGGGGACGCUGAAAAACAUCAACUUGCUGCCAUGCACCAACAGAGGGUGUUAGCUCACAUCAACCAGAGGAAAAAAGAAGCCAUGACAUGCUAUACCCAAGCUCUCAAUGAAGUUCCUCCAAACACCCAUCGAGUACAAAAAUGUCUACAGAAAGUCCUACGGGCACUGCAUAAAGACAGGGCUCAUGCUAUAACACAUUACCGUCAUCUGCUCUCCAGCAGUAUCGAGGCUGCCACUAGAGAACAACCAAGAACGUUAGAGCGUCUUUUGGACAUCGAUAGAACAGUCAACCAAAGCAUGCAGAUGCUCAGACGCUACCCUGCUUUGGCAGCCAAAAUAGAACAACUGAUGGACGACUACAUCCAAGCUCUACGAUCCAAAGAUGAAACUCCAGGUUCUCUUCUAGCUAUGACCACUGAAGCUGAACAAGCCAUCUUGAACAAAUACAAAUAUGAUGUGGCCACCAAACAAGCCGAAAAGGAAAGGCAAAAAAUACAAGAAAAGGAGAGGAAAGAACAGAGGAAAAAGGAACGAAUGGAUCUCAAGGAAGAGAAGAAACGUGUCGAGGGAGUUUUGGGUAAGAAGAUAAGCAACUUCGAUGAUGAGGAUAUGGAGGAUGAAUCCUUGCCAGAAGAGAAUAAGUAUUCUACAUCAACCCAGAAUGUUCUCAAUAGUACCGUGGAUUUAAUAAGCAAUGAUGUCAGUACCAAACAUAGACAAGUUGAUGAUUCUGCUGUCCAACAAGCUGUUGAAGAUGUCGCUGCUGUAGCUCACAGGCAGGAGACAAUAAGAAUUUCUCAUUCCAUGACUCACCAAAUGAGUCAUGAUGAGCCUACAUUCUCCGUUCGUAGAGAAGUGUACCAUCAACAUGCCAAAAGUAUAGCUUUCACUCUGGUAUUUGCUGGAACAGCUCUAACAGCUCUGUUCGCUGUUGGUUUCCUGAUUGUGAAAAGACGCUCUAACAGGUCACCGAAAAGCCAGGGUUUCAUCGAGGUAGAUCAAGCUGCCACACCGGAAGAAAGACACGUGGCAAACAUGCAAGUCAACGGUUAUGAAAACCCUACCUAUAAAUAUUUCGAAGUAAAAGAGUAAUAAAGAUACAGAAAACCAUUCCUUAAUUUCGACUUAGCGGCAUGAGCCUUCGUUUUAUUUCGAGCAAUAUUUUGAAAUGUAAAGUUCUCUUAUUUAUGUUGAUAUGAUUCAAUGUUAACUGGAGUAUUCGCGAUAUCCUAUCAUGAUAUUAAUUUCGAUAAUAAGUGUGAUAACUGUUAGGGAGCAGUGUUAGUAUUUUGUAUCAAUUUACUUAAGUGAUAUCGGAUACUCCAAGGGUUCACACUAUACUUAAUUUUUCGGUCAUAUGGAAGAUUAGCUUGACGCCAUUUAUCUACAAAAUAUCUAGAACGUUUGAAGCCAGGUGCCGCCAUUUGUGGUUUAGAAAUAGCGUGUUCUGUGUGAAUAGAAUACAGCUAUCAAAAACAUAUUCAUAGGUAGAUGUAUGAUACCCUCCAAUAUUCUUUCAGACUUAGAUAAAAACAAAAAAAUGCAUGUUCAAAACCACCUGCUUUUUGUACAAAGACUUUUUACUUUUCUUACCUAUUUGUAAGGCUUAUUAGAAUUGACAUUAUAUCCCUUUCACAGAU